AAGAAGAAGAAGAAGAAGAAGAAGAAGAAGAAGAAGAAGACUCGCGUCUCUUUUGCUCGGAGCUUUUCUUCAGAACCAACCUGAACAGCGCUGCUCCACCAGAACUUCUGUGUUCCGAUCACCGUGUGUGACUGGACUUUGUGCUGUUCACGUGUGUUCUGGGUGAUUCUCCUCUGACGAGUCAACAAGGCUACACACGUUAGCUUAGCAUGCUAGCUGUGAACAGAGCGAGUGUGUGAUGGAGAGCAGACGGUGUUUGUGACGGAGUUCGUGUGGAGACAAAGUUCGUGUGACUGUGUGAAAAUGUCUAAAGUCCAAAUGCUGAGCUUGUUGGUGAAGCAGCGGCUGACUGCGGCUGCUGAAGAGAUAUCUGGGCUGUUUGAAAGAACGAUAGCAGAGUACGAGGAGGAACUGUGUCGUUCACAAGAGGAGAACGAGCGACAACGGAAACUACUGGACGCUGUUCUCCAGCCUCGGGUCCAGUUACACAGAGCAGACGUCCAGCAGCUGUCAGUAAGUAAAGAAGAGGUUCAAUCUGAGCAGCAGGAGUGCAGCUCCAGUCUGGACCAGGACGUACCAGAACCCCCACACAUUAAAGAGGAACAGGAGGAGCUCUGGACCAAUCAGGAGGAGGAUGAUGUCACCAGGUUCACAUUUGAUGAUGAAGAUGAUGAAGAUGAGGAGAAACCUGAGUCCUCACAGCUUCAUCAAAGACAUCCUGAGCAGAUGGAGAUGGGAACUGAUAGAGAGGACUGUGGAGGACCAGAACCAGACAGAACCUCAGAACCAGAUCAACAUUUAUACCCUCAGACUGAAGUCCGUUUUGAACCUGAGCCUCAGUUCAGUUUUGACGUCAGGAGCACAGAAGCUUAUUUAGGUUUUACCUUUCAGAGACCUGACGGAUUUGACUCCUGUGAGAAACCAUUCCGCUGCUCCAUGUGCGGGAAACGAUUCAGUCAGAACUCAAACAUGAAGACGCACAUGAGGACUCACACUGGAGAGAAACCGUUCGGCUGCUCAGUUUGUGGUAAAAGAUUUGGUCAGAAGGUUCAUCUACAGAACCACCUGAAACGACACACCGGAGAAAAACCUUACAGCUGUUCACUUUGUGACAAACGUUUCACACGUAUGGAACAUUUACAGCUUCAUAUGAGAACUCACACUGGGGAGAAGCCGCUCAGCUGCAGAGUCUGUGGACAAAGAUUCACCUGGAGGUGUCAGCUCAAAUAUCACAAAUGUGUGGGUGAGUCCUCACAGCUUCAUGAGCUCCCGAUCCUCGAGCAGCAGGAUGAUGAUAUGCCACCAGGUCCAGAUGGGAUGAGACCCAGAACUCAGUGGAUGGAGUACUGUGUCAGUGUUUCAGGAGGAAGUUCACUGAAGUCUGUCAGGAGGGCCGAGCGUGACGCCGACGGUCCGGACACACUGACGUGGUCUCUCCUGCUCCACCUCUGCAGCCUCACACAGACCGUGACCGUGUGAAUGAGACAGAACUUCAUCAACUCACCUGUUCAACAAACAAACAUAUAGAGAAGAGAAGUUUGUCUUCAGCUGACGCUGUCUGUCUUAUAAAUAUCAUGAAUAUGAAUCUAAUCUGCAGCUGAAUGAGAUGGAGCACCCUGUCCUCCGUCAGCUGAAGGACACAUGAGCAGACAGACGAAGUAUUCUGACAGUCGUGUUUCCAGGGAAAUAAACACAACGCUACUGCAGAAAGAUGGCAGGUUACAUUUAAAUAUCAUUAUUUAUUAACAAAGUCGAACAUGAGCUCAGAAAGUUGUUGGCAGCUCAGAGGACGUCUGUUGUUUCCUGUCGUCUAUAUUCAGUUGAUUUUAUUUUCAAAGUGAAAUAAUUCUUUAUUUAUAUUGACUUUUUUCUCAGUUUGUCACCUGCAGAGAGAAUGUAUUUCAUUAAACAUCCUCAUGUGUUUUCCUCUUGUCUGAGGACAGGAAGUGUGUCGUACAGGCCCCAGGUCAGAUCUGAUGUGUGAUGUAAUUAAAGUUGUAGUGACAUCACAGCUCUGUGUCUCUCUGAUCAGUUUCUAAAAACUGUCGCGUCCAGUCCAGAUCAUUAGAUGUGCUGUGUGCGCCCUCUGCUGGACACUUUUACAGCUGCUUCCAGAUCGGUGUUAUUUCCUGAGCAGCUGAAUGUUGGUCAUUAUUUGACCCUGCUGUGGCUGCGUUCACCAACACACUCUUCUUCAGUGUUUGUUAAUAUCAGUGUUAUGAUCAUCAAAUCUGUGCUGAGCUGAGGCCGAGAGGAAGUGACACAACACUGUUCAGUAGAGAAGGAGAAGUGUCUCACCCAGGCUCUGUCAGAGGAGAUUAUUCUUUCAUCAUUACAAUAGACAAUGGAAUAAGUAAUAACUUAGCAGCUGUCGGUGAGUAAAGAAGAGGUUCAACCUGAGCAGAAAGAGUGGACCUCCAGUCUGGACCAGGAGGAACAAGAACCUGCACACAUUAAAGAGGAACAGGAGGAACUCUAGACCAAUCAGGAGGAGGAUGAUGUCACCAGGUUCACCUUCACUGCUGUCAUUGUGAAGAGUGAAGAUGAUGAUGAGAAAAAACCUCAGUCCACACAGAUGGAGACAGAAGCUGAAGGAGAGGACUGUGGAGGACCAGAACCGGACAGGAACUCUGAUCCAGAUCAACAAAUACAACCAGUGCAUGAAGUCAGGAUGAAUACUGAUGUCACUCUGACUGAUGUGGGACUUGGUCCUGGUGAGAAACGAUUCGGUUGCUCUGAUUGUGGUAGACGAUUUCGCCACAGGGGGAGAGAAACCCUUCAGCUGCGCCGUGUGCAGGAAAAAAUUCCCUCGCAUAGAGACCCUGGUCCGUCACUUGAGGUCUCAAUCCGGAGAAAAACCAUACAGCUGCUUGUUUUGUAAGAAGCAGUUCACUCGGAGUGACUCACAUGAGGACCCACACGGGAGAAACCCUUCAGCUGCUCUGUGUGUGGGAAAAGUUUCACACAUAACCUGAGUCUGAAGCGUCACAUGCCUGUUCACAUGCAGGAGAGAGCGUACAGCUGCAGUGUUUGUCACAGAAGAUUCAGCAGACACUCAUAUGUCACGAGGCACAAAUGUAAAGCUGCUGAUGAGAUUGUGGAGCAGCGAGCUGAAACACGACACGGCGUGUUGGACACGAGGACGUCAGUGUCAGCAGGAGUCGACUGAGCUGAUCGUCUUCUCUGAGAGUCAACAGCUUUAUAAUUAUUCUUUUUGUUUUAUCUGAUUGUCACAAAGAGAAAUGAGUUUAGGAAUCUUGAGCUCCCUGAAGGUCCCGCCCACAGUGCUCUCUGAUUGGUUCCAUGCACGAGCAGCAGCCAGUCAGCACUGGAAGCAGCAGAUAAACAUCAAACUAAAUAUCUCAGACCUGAGUUCAAGACACAAUAACAGCAAUAAUUUGAUUUUUGUUUAAAAUUCAAAAAUUUGAUCAACAGAAACCAAAAAGGUCUGUGUUGUUUUUUGAUCUACAUUUGAUAAAACAUAAAUGUAUUUUUCAUACUUUAUAAUAAUAAAUAUUAGAUUCUAUAACUGUGACAGAAGUUGACUCGUUGCUCUGUUGGAGCUCCUGAAUGUGAAGUUACCCACUGAACUUCUAUCAGUUCUGUUUCCUCCUGACUUUUUGUGUUUCGUCUUCUUGACGACAGUGAGACUCUUUUCCAUCUUCAUCCUUUAACUCAGUUAUGCAGUCGAAUCAUUUUUGUGACAUGUAUUUUUAUUUGUAAACCAAACUUGGAAAUUGAACAAAUCUGUUUAAUGUUGUUUCCUCAUUUCUCCAUUUUUAUUGUAAAAUCACGGUUCUUGAAAUAAGAAUUUAUUGACGCCAUGUUUUUGUUAUUCAGCUGUUUAUUUUUUAAUAUCAUUCAUACAGUAAAAUGUACCUUUUAUUUCUAUAAUUAAUUUUAAUGUGAUUUAAUGCAAAAUAAAUAAUUUAUUUAAUUAUUCAUUAUCUGUAAAGUGAACAUAAGAACAUAUCGUGAACCAGAACCAAGAUCCUCAGCUGAAAGUCAGAACUGAAACUCUGUUCAUCUUCAAAUAGUUAUGAAGAAACUUCUGAUCCGGUUCUGGACAGAGUUCAGCCUGAGUUUCUCCGCUGAGGCUGAAACUGUUAGAAUAAGAGCAGUUGUAACUAUACCAGCAGAACUUUUUCACAGAGGUGAACAGAUGUGAGUCAGCUGAUGGUUCUGACUCAUGUUUUAGAUCAGUUCUGUAGAACCCACAUCAUCUGACAUGAA